GCGCCUGCUUCGCUCAAGCUGUAUGUACAUGGAAACACUUUCGACACCAUAAGCACUGGAGCUUUCGCAAACGUUUGCAGUUGUUGGCUAUGGUUUAUCGAGAACACAAUGUCCAAUGUAGCGCCCCGAUCGUUGUACUUCGGCUCUGCCACUUGCCAGCAUCAGUGCUACCGAAAUCGGCCCUCAGCCGCCUUAAACACAAUCAAGAAAAACGUGCUGACUUGCGGACCACAGCUGGACUGGCUGCGCGCAACCAGCCACGACUCGCUCACAGAGCCCACACAAGCAGAAUCAUACCAAACCUUUCGUAACACCUCCUUCUGCGCGGGAGCCGCGCCUCGGACACCGGUGUGGCAGUACCUGCAAACAUCCAGUGGUGAGGAGCCAGGGCUGGAGAGCACACAGGAAAACGGCGGCGGCCCGCCCUGGUCUCUCCUGGUGGCCGUCGCUGCUGGGAGUGCCGCCGCUACCGCCGCGGUCACUGUCGUCGUCACCCGGCUGUGCAUCAGACGCAAGCAGCGAAGGCAUCUAGCUCAGGUGGAGAAUCUGCGAGUGGUGGCAGCCGGCCUCGACAGACACGACGCGGAGCGCGGCGUCAAGCAGCACCCCGCGCAGCCAGAUCUGCAGGAGGCUGAAACCGGAGGAGGCAACCUGUAUGCUAGCCUGGAUGGGCGUCUCGACCGACGUUUUAAAGACCUGACGGAUGUCCGAUUCAGCGGAGUCUGCUCGAACCUGUACGCCGACCCCUGCGGGCAACAUGCGGGCCUGUACGCGAUGCCCUGCACGCAGCACCAGUAUGAAAACGUGCAAAACAUCGCCGCUCGUCAACCUCAAGCCGAGAGCGGUCCGAGUGCUGCGGAGGAGCAGCAUCAGUACGUCAACCUGGACGACCUUGACCUGGCCCAGGAAGGUCGUGGCUAGUCGGUGUGCUCGGUGCUGACGGUGCUGGCGGCACUCAGCUCAACGGAAUCAUCCGGCGUGUUUGACCGCUGUGAUAUGUGAGCGUGGUCGGUUGUUUCGAUUGUGUGCAAGAGGACGUAGUAAAGCGGGGCAGUGGCAAAGUGGAGAAAAGCUUGACACGAAUAAUGCCAUUUUCAGUGUCACGCUUGCGGAAGCUAAUGCUCAGGAGAAAGUUAUUGAAGUUCGCACUAGUACCUUGACUUGUCUGUAAUGACGACUGUGCGUUAGGACGUGUCCACAUGGAAAGGAUUUCCUGAGGCGGAACGGGAACCGGCGGGCGCGAGUGACUGUACCCAACGAGCUCAGCGAACGCUCGAACGACAUCGCAUCAUGCGUUUUGGUUGAUGUUAUUGCCAAGCUCCGUGUGUGCGUGUGUGCGCAUUUGCGAGUGCGCAUGCGAGUGAGCACGUUUGUUAAACUGCACGCGUAUCCAGAAUAGCCACAUUGUGCAGGUUAUACGAAUACAUGAUUGGUUAAUU